CUUGCUGGGGCUCCUGCACUUUGACUAGAGAGCCCACAUUCGGCCCCCUUCCCCAUCCUCCUCCAUAUGGACACCCGGACUGGUCGGGCGGUAACCUCAUCGACUCCGCAUUGAGUCCCCGCUGCCUGAACCACCAUGGAUUUAGUCCAGAAGGAGCAUGACAGGCUCCAGAAGAGGCUCAAGGCCUCUCAGGGCAUUAAGAAUGUCCAGUCUACAAUAGAUCUACUACAGCACGCUCGGGAUGCCAUUGCUCAAGACCCGAACCAGGCUGCCGUCACUCUUGCUAAACUCCAGAACCCUGUCAAAUCAUCAUUUGACUUGAUCAACGACAGCCUGAAAGAAACCCAUAGCAGGUUCAACAAGUACACUAAGUCUCUUGAUAAGCUCUUCAAAGACCGACCCCUUCCCAGCACAGAACAUGAUGUGCUCUCCGAACAAGAACACCUCAUCGACCGCGCAAUCGCGAUGCACCUUCUCCGUGAGGGACAGUUCUCCGUCGCAGCCACCUUCCUGUCUGAGAUUCUCGACAAGAAAGCCAUGGUUCAAACCUCCGAGUCAACCUCCCGCUCGACAGACCAGGCGGCGAUCGUCUUUGAUAUCGACGAAGUCCCCUCCGACGAAAUCCGCAAGCAGUUCGGCCAGAUGUAUUACAUCCUGCACCAGCUGAAGGAAGAAAAGAACCUGCUUCCCGCUAUUGAAUGGUCGCGCGAGAAUCGCGAAGCCCUGGAGGCACGAGGCAGCAACCUGGAGUUUGAACUAUGCCGCUUGCAGUUUGUCUGGCUCUACCACGGCGAGGAGCACGAGCACGGCAAUACCCCGGGUGACGUCAAAGCUGCGAUGCAGUAUGCACGUACAGAAUUCCAGGGAUUUGCUCCGCGCUAUCUGCGAGAAGUCCAACAAUUGAUGGGCGCCAUGGCCUUCUGUCCUAACUUGCGAGAUUCGCCUUAUGCGAGCAUCUUUAACAACCCAUCGGCCUGGGACGAUGUUGCCCAUUUUUUCACCCGCGAGUUUUGCUCACUUCUGGGCCUGUCUGCAGACUCGCCUCUCUACAUUGCCGCGACCGCCGGUGCUAUUGCUCUGCCUACUCUGCUGAAGUUGCAGACGAUCAUGAAGGCCAAGCGCACGGAGUGGACCAGUGAGAACGAGCUUCCGGUCGAGAUCUCGCUGCCGCCCUCCUACCUCUUCCAUUCGAUCUUCGUCUGCCCCGUUUCCAAGGAGCAGGCAACCGACGAGAACCCUCCGAUGAUGAUGCCAUGUGGGCACGUCAUAGCCGAGGAAUCGCUGCGUCGGCUCAGCAAGGGCAACCGAUUCAAGUGUCCGUACUGCCCUAACGAGAGCCACCCUAAGGAUGCCCGAAAGGUUUUUCUGUGACGACCUGUUCUAUUCUUGCUUU